AUGUCCAUCCAAGCUGGACACGAUGAUGCAAAAAACAACAACGACAUCGCCACGCAAUUCGUAAAAUAUCAAAUGGAAUUAGAUCGUAAAAAUGAUAAACAUGAACGUUUAGUUAAAAGUAGCCGCGAUAUUACUAUUGCUAGUAAAAGAUGUAUAUUCUUAUUACAUCGAGCUCUUAACGACUCUAGUAAACAGGAAGAGGUAUUACUAGAGGCUAAAAACAAACUAGAUGAAAUACAGAUCAAGCAAUGGAGUAAAAUUGUCGCCAAGGUCGAUAACGAUGAUCGAUACUUGUAUGCUAGGGCUUACUGGCCUGGUUUAGAAGAAUUUGUCGAAGCAAUGACGUAUUACUAUUAUUUAAAAGAAAGUAAACUGAUUUCAUUGAGCCAAUUUAUUGAUCUUGCUCCAUUACCUGGUAAACUAUUAACAGCAUACGAUUUUGCAGCAGGUAUCGCUGAUUUAUCUGGUGAAUUGAUGAGAUUAUGCAUCAAUGCCAGUGGAAGUGGUGGAGAAAGUCGAUGCUAUCGAAUUUGUGUCUUUAUUCGCGUCAUAUACAAAAGAUUUGUUGGGCUCUCCAAGAAAAUAAAGGGAUUGACUAAGAAAUGCCAUCAAGUACAACAAAACUUGGCUAAAAUUGAAAAUACUUGCUAUGAGUUAAAAUUAAGAAAAGCAGAAGUACUCCCUUCUGCGUAA